AUGAAAUAUUCAUACUCUCAAGGCGGCUACAGCAAGUCUGUCCGCCUGGUGAUGCUACUUACGAAACGGACUUGGCAGAGCCGUACGAUACCUCACGAAAACGUCUCCGAUCGGACGAGAGCCUUGCCCUGGAGUCUGAUAUCCGAUGGCGCUGGAGAGUUCUACGAGGACCCACUGCAUGAAGGCGGAGUUGAUCUCUCCGAGAUCCCCGAGGAUUUCGACAACGCACCACAAACCAUUGAACGACGAGAGCGAAUUGAGAUUCGGUGGAAAAGGUGA